AUGGCUCCUUCAGCACCAAGCCAGUUGCACCCUGGCCAGUACCCAGCCGCCAUGGCUAUAAAUAUCUUCUUCCCAACCAUCCUUUGCCCAACAAACUUCGUGCAUUAUAACGUCUCGAGCUCCGUGUCGGUUUUUCGCACGGUCGGCGAAGUCUAUCAGCCAUGCAUCGUCGGAGGGGGGGCCCAUGUCAGAAACCACGGAAUCACAAGCGAAUCCUCUUGUAAUUCUCCCAUCGAUACCGACAAUGAUAGACCGUUCGAGCCCGAUUCCUCUGAGACCGAUCUCACCGAGCCGGAAUGCUCCUCUCCAGCGGAUCGAACGAUUGCUCGGAAGAAGCCAAGUCCAAACACCGGAACAAGAUCGUCACUAGCAGACCUCUCGAAUAUGGAACGUGCCCACCAGGCCCGAUACCAAGUCCCGGAUGAUGACACGGAUGAGGACUUGGCCCAGGUGCCGGAGGAUUACGGCCGAUCCAACAAAACGAAGAGGUUGAAACUUCGACUGAAAGAGCGUUGGGCUUGGUUCUGCCAAAUGAAAGCAAUGGAGCCGUCCACCGGUCUCAAGUGGGGAGAUGCGGAGGAUGCACUGCGUGAGGCGUCUCCCAAUGACAUGCAUCGAUUUCUCAAUUGGUGUCUGAAACUGGAAUACAGUCCUGAUGGUCGCCGUCAGAAAGGCUAUACAAAGGCCAGCUCCCUUGAAGCGGAUUGGAAGUACUUCCGAAUUUACUACACACGAGUUGUCAAACACGAGAUGAGCAAAGAGAUGGGCGAGGCAGUUCGCACGGGUAUGAGAUACUUGGUGGAUAAGCGCGGUCUUGACAAACAACCGCGUGCAAAUGUCCCGGUUUAUAUCGAAGAUAUGAUUCCAUUCAAUGAGACAAUCCUUCAAACGCGGGAGAAGCGAUUUCACUUGGGGUUUCAGCGGAUUAUCCUAUGUCUUUACAACACUAUUGGGUUAUUUACUAUCAACCGAAAACAGGCAAUGCUCGACCUUCAGUUCAAGCAUCUACAAAUAUCGCUCCAGCAGGAUCCGCACGGAGGACCUCCGAAGCCGAUGAUAGAACUUGAGCCCCAGUUUGUGAAAAGCGUGUUGGGCAUGUCGAAGCUCAACACGUUCGCGCUACCCGAAAUUGUCUACGGCAUAUCGCUUGUCUUCAGCCCGCAUGUUCUACUCUUCAUUAUAUUAUUUUACGUCCACGCCUUUGAAGCGCCUCACUUAACCUCGAUGGAAGACCUUCGGAGACUGCUUGUCGAGGGCGGCCGACAGGAAAUGCCACUUCCCCUGAAGAAAGAGAUGGAUAAUUACUAUGUCUUCCCGAAGGUUGAGGUGAUAUGUGGCCAGCCCCGCAUUUUGUGGGAGACGCCCAUGAAUGGUAGCACACUCGACGCACAGCUCAGGACAUCCAGUGAGAUACACGGCUUUCUUAAUCAUUUUUUCUCCCACCAAUUUCGAUACGGAGGAGGUGAUUUACUUGACAAAAGCGGUGAGUCGUCUAUCAUUCCCAAGGUUCUGGCUUUCUUGAAGACUAAGUCUCUUGCCUAG